GUUGUGGUGAUUCCUCUGGUUCUCUGUGUGUGUAGUAUAACCCUGUGUUGACUGUGUUUAGAACUGGACAGCUCUCAAGUAUGGGGAUAAGCAAGGUGUUGCAGGGAAGGAAGACUAUUGUUAUAGGUGCUUUGGCGAUCUCCAUGGUCACCAUCAUCCUAGGGCUCGGACUGGGGCUUGGUUUACAACUAGAGGACUGUCGAAACAAAGUGGUUCCCAGUACCUCCUGCAAGAACAGAUGCUACGAGCCCUUCGACGAUGAGACACCAGGCUGUCGCUGUGAUACUCAGUGUGUCACCAACAAUAACUGUUGCUAUGACUUUCAGGACAUCUGUCUCCAACCAACUCAACAAUGGGAGUGCACCAACCUGCGCUGUGGAGAAAAGAGGUUGACGGAGAGCAGGUGCCACUGCUCCGACGACUGCCUGGGUGCUGGUGACUGUUGCACCAACUUCAAACAUGUCUGUCAAGGAGAGACAGAAUGGGUGGCAGAUGACUGUGUGGAUUUGGCGAGCCCUAAAUGUCCAGCGAACUUUAAACUGCAGCCACUGCUCCUCAUCUCACUGGACGGCUUGAGAGCAGAGUAUCAACAAACAUGGAGUUCCCUCAUCCCCGUCCUAGACAAACUGAGAACCUGUGGCACCUCUGCACCUUACAUGCAGCCUGUGUUCCCCAGCAAGACCUUCCCUAAUCACUACACCAUUGCCACGGGCAUGUACUCCGAGUCCCACGGGCUGGUUGACAACAACAUGUAUGACCCUGUGUUUGACGCUUCCUUCAGUCUGUCAAAUGACGAGAAGUCCAACCCCAGAUGGUACCUCGGUCAGCCUAUUUGGCACACUGCCAGUUACCAAGGACUGAGAGCAGGAACCUAUUUCUGGCCUGGCUCAGAUGUCAAAAUCAAUGGCAGUUUCCCAGACAUCAACGUAGACUACGACGGCAAAAUACCUUUUGAGGAGAGGGUCUUCACGCUCCUGAAGUGGCUACAGUUGCCAGAUAAUGAGAGGCCAGAUUUCUUCACAUUGUACCUCGAGGAGCCGGACAAGUCGGGGCACAGCUUUGGUCCUGUCAGUGGAGGGUUGAUCGAGGCUCUCACAGGAGUGGACAAGGUCAUUGGUCAACUGAUGAACGGACUCAAACAGCUGAAUCUGCAUCAGUGUCUCAACAUCAUCAUCGUAGCUGACCAUGGUAUGGAGGACACAAGUUGUGACAGGAAGGAAGUCCUCCAGGAUCUACUCCAGGUGGAAAAUGUUCGUGAUCUGUAUGUCUACGAGGGACCUUUUGGAAGAAUUAGAUCCAAUGACAAAAACCAACCCUUGGACUCGGCCGGACUUGUAGCCAACAUGACGUGCAAGAAGAACGAUCAGAAGGUCAAGCCUUACCUGAAAAACCAUCUGCCCAAGCGGUUCCACUACGCAAACAGUAGACGCAUUGAGGACGUCAGCGUGAUAGUCAAUCCAGGAUGGCUGUUGGAGAGAUACCCAGGGUCUUUGACCUUCUGUGCAGGUGGAGCUCAUGGGUAUGACAAUGAUGAUGCCGGUAUGCAUGCCAUGUUCUUAAGCUAUGGACCCAAGUUUCAUUAUAAAACCGAAAUAGAACCAUUCUCCAACAUUGAGCUCUACAAUCUCAUGUGUGAUGUGUUGGGGAUCUCCCCAUCCCAGAACAAUGGAAGCCACGGCAGUAUGAACCAUCUCCUGAGGACUCCCCGGCACAUUCCCAUACACCCCGCAGAGCAGACAACCCCUGGGCAGUGCCCUCUGGUGAUCCUUGAACCCGUAGAUGCCCUGACCUGCACAUGCCCCUCCCUGGGUGGAACUAAUCCAAAUGGUCGUCUGAAUCUGACAGCUGCUGAAGUGAACGCUGUUGAGCAGAAGCACACGUUGUUUGGAAGACCAAAAAUGCUGCAACCCAGCGAUGACUACUGCUUACUGUAUCAUCAGGGCUUUGUCAACGGCUAUAGCAAAAAAAAACUCAUGCCAGUGUGGAACUCAUUCACUGUGGACAAACCUGAAAACAUGGACCCUUUGCCAGGAGUCACACCAGACUGUCUGAGGGCUGAUGUUCGCAUCCCGGCUGAUAAAAGUCCCAGAUGUGACCAGUAUGCUCCAGCUGGGAACAUUACCCAUGGUUUCCUCUACCCUCCCAAUCUCAACAAGACAGCAGAGGAGGAGUAUGAUGGCCUGUUGAUGAGCAAUGUUGUACCCAUGUAUCCUGAGUUCAAGAAGAUAUGGGAUUACUUCCAGACUACAUUGCUGAAAAAAUAUGCCAGUCAAUAUAAUGGCAUUAAUGUGGUGACAGGCCCAGCAUUUGACUACAACUACGAUGGACAGUUUGAUUCUCAAGACCAGAUACAACAGUUUGUAACAGGUACACAGAUUCCAAUCCCAACCCAUUACUUUGCAGUACUCACGAGCUGUAAGGACUCACAACCAGUGAGCAGCUGUAACAAUGAGCUACAGACCAUUUCCUUCUUGAUGCCACACAAAGCGGACAACUCAGAGAGCUGUAAUAAUGGUGACACGGCAUCUCUAUGGGUUGAAGACCACCUGUGGUUCCACCAAUCACGUGUCAGAGAUGUAGAGUGGCUCACAGGAUUGGAUUUCUAUCAAGGCAGCACCAGGCCUAUCCCAGAACUUCUAAAAGUAAAGACUCGCCCAACUGCUGUCAUUCACAGAAGGCCUUGAAAUGAAUUAUCUUUUGAAAUAUACAUGUAUUGGUAGAGGUAUUUGAUCAUUAUAAAAGCUGCAAUUUUAUUAAGUUGGUCUAGUGUGGGUAUUUAUCCACUUGUUAAUAAAUAUUUCAUGAUUCAAAUCAAUGCAGGGAGGUAUGCAAAUGUCAUGAAAAUGUAGAAUGCUUCUGUAGAGCACAAUCACCACAGAAGUAUUUUCCACCUUUAAAUUCCUGUGCAGAAAUUAUCCCCUAAUCUUCUGACUUCCACAGAAAGACCUGUUUGAAAAUUACAGGAAACAUAUCAGCUCAAUGAUCAUGUAUAAUGCAAUAUUUCCACCCAGCCAAACCCUCACAUGGCAUUACUGUUAUCUGCUGGCAUAGAGACAGCAAUACUGUAGAAUACAUGUUGACUUCUUCCUCUGUUGAACAUGUUAAUAAUGCAGCAUGAUUUAUAUGUAAUAGUGCAAAAUGUCUUUAUGAACAGUUAUGGUUCUUCCAAGUAAUGAGCAUUUGGCCUUAUGUCCCAGUCAGUCUGGUGUGUAAAAAACUGUGCAAUAGCAUUGAGUGGAUGAUUGGGUAUUGUAAGUGCAGUGUAACAUAUUGACUAUUCUAAUUCUGAUGAACAUUACAAAGGAGGAUAUGAUGGCAAAAUAUAGAUUUGACUUUUUAUUCCUGACAUCUCAUUUCCAGAAAAUAAAUUGUCCCAAUGUACUUUA